AUGUUACUUAGUUUAAUUAAAUUAGUACAACGCUUUGUUAGCAAUUGCAAGCCUGCUCGUUUAGAAAAACGUCAUGAAUGUUCAAUUGGGUUUCUAAACAUUGCAGAAUUAGCUAAAGCGGAACAUUUUUGGGUUCUCUACGCUCAAGUCCCGACGUCCAGUGAUGAGUAUUGCCGGUUGAGGGCAAGUCAGAUGGUACGCCACAGCAGUGCAUUAACAACGUAUAAUCCAUUUCUUGAUGAAUAUGGUUUGAUCAGAGUAAGCAGUCGAUUAGGCGACGCAUCCAUUGCUUAUGGCACAAGUCACCCAGUGGUAUUACCAUCAAAGAAUAUUGUUACAAAACGGAUUUUUGAGUAUGAGCACCAGCGCUUGUUGCAUGUUGGUCCUCAAGCGUUGCUUGCUCACCUGUCCAAGAAAUAUUGA